AGGCGCUUUCCCCGGCGGCCGCCGCUGCGGGCUGGCGGCGCCGUCCCGGCGGUGUCCGGCCCGCGGUGUCGCGAUGGCGAGCGGCUGCUCGGCGGAGGAGGAGGCGGAGGAGGAGGUGGCGGCCGCUGACCCGGCCGCCGACCCGCGGGAGCCGUGCGGUGUGUCCGUGCGGUGCUCCUGGCCCUGCGCGCCGCCCCACGGGCUGGCCCGGGCGCUCUGCCUGCGGGGGGACGCCAGCAGCGAGGCCGUGGUGGUGGAGCGGCGGGCGGGCGGCGGCGAGGAGCCCUGCGUGCUGCAGCUGGAGUGCCGGCCCCCCGGGGAGAUGGUGUGCGUCGGUGUCCUGAGCGAGGCGCGGAACAUGGAGGUGUACGUGGGCGAGGAGUACUGCGGGACCGGCCGGGGACAGAGCCUGGGCACCGCCUGCGCCCCGGGGGAAACUGACAAGGUUACUUUAUACAACAAGUACCUUAAGUUCGAAUGCCCUGCAACCUCCUGUAGAAUUAAGCUGCUCUCCAUUGGUGAGAAACAAAGAGUGCUCAUCACUAAAAUAGUUGUGCAAGUGAAAACAGUGUCUGCAAAACUAGCAACUGAUUUUCCUUCACUAGGCUCGAGCAUAGAUCUAGACAGAGUGCAAAUGAUAAUGGAAUCCAUGGGGUCCAAGUUGUCUCCCGGUGCUCAGCAGCUCAUGGACAUGGUCCGAUGUCAGCAGAAAAACAGUUUACCUUUUGGAGACAAACUGAAAUGGAUCUUUGGGAAAAACUCAGACUUUGGAGGUGACCUCGCAGUAGAUGGGUUGUGCAGUGCAGCUCUUUCGCCAUCACCAGAUCAACCAGCCAGUGAACCGUUGCCUGGUAAAAACCAUUUAACAAGUGAAACAGCCUAUGAAGACUUAAAAACUGGUCAUGAUCCGAACACACAGGUACCUGAAGGAGAGAAUACUUCUGAUUCUGAAAGACUUACUACCCAGCAAAACACAGUUGACCUCAGAAGUUAUUUUAAAGCCGUGGGAUCCUUGCAAACGCAGCAACAAGCGAGCGAAACCCCAAGUGUAGCCAAUCCACAGGUUCUUCUUCCUUUUCUUCAGAACUUGUGCAGUCAGGUCAAUCAUCUUCGGCUAAAAGAUGGCGAUAGGCGUUUUGGUAAAAAUGUGGUGACUAAAGAGGAAGGCAUUCAGUGUGACGGAGUAGAACAACAGCCUAUUUGCUCCUAUUUGGAAAAGAUCAUCUCAAAAAAUAUGGAUCUGAUGGAGAGAAAACUAAUGGACUAUAUUGAUCGCCAGAUCCAGGCUCUUCAGACACAUAUAGAUAAUAAAAUGGUUCUCUUAAUGGACUUGGUUCAGAACUCAAAGCCAAACAAAAUUUCACAAGCGCACUAUGAUUCUAACGAAGGGUUUUCUAAUGGGGAGAGAUAGAUGUAUGUGGAUAUAGGACUUCAGUGUAAGUACUUCAAGGGCAAUUAUACUUUACAAAGCUUAGUAUUUAUGGAGUUAUAACUGUAAAGAACCUCAGUGUUGUUUACUUGCAUUUUGUUACUGUAAUUCUAUCCACUAUUGUACACAGUUGUUAGUUUUAUGGAACAUCUUAAGAAUGUGUUUUUUUUCCUAAAUGCAAGAAUUUUGUAUGCCCUUUGUGGCUUAUUUAUUUAAAGCGCAUUGCUGAAAGCCGUAGGAAACACAGUUCCAGUUUGAACAACGGAGAAGUACUCUAAAUAAACUGAAUUACAGUGUAUCUUUUUACCUGCA